AGUGCCAAGCCUCGGCUUCAAUAUGAGCGGGUUUACGCCAAUAUAGAAAAGCCCGUGUGGGAGUCAUUGCCCUUUUAAACAAGCACUGCCCAAAUGUUAGGGGUUAAAAGGUACCAGUUCCAGAGAAGAUGGUGGCCUCUGUGCUCACCUUGCUCACCUCAUGUAAACAUGUUCAACCUGAUGAGCAACUGCUGCACCUGGGUAUCCAAAAUACAGGAGCCGAUCAGGAGAGUGACCAUUCUUGUGGUUGGUCUUGACAAAGCAGGAAAAACAUCGUCUAUCAGAGGGAUGUUAAGAGUCCCCCAUGGUGUGGAAGCAGGACCCACCCAUGGCUGCGUACGAAAUGAGCUGAGAGUUGAGAACUACCUGGUCACCCUGCUGGAUGUGGGAGGAUCAGCGGAGUCGAGAGGGGCCUGGAGGGAGCUCUCCGCAGAAGCCCACGGGAUCAUCUUUGUGGUGGACUCCAGUGACAGGCCGAGGAUAAAGGAGGUCAAGGAGGUCCUGGCUGACCUGCUGAGACAACCAAGAGUGGCAGGAAAACCCAUAUUAGUGUUGGCAAACAAACAGGACAAAAUGAACGCUUUUCUGGGAAGUGAGCUGAUUGAGAUUCUGUCUCUUGAGAAGCUGGUCAACCAGAGCCGCUCUCUGUGCCAUAUUGAGCCUUGUUCAGCCUUAAUGGACCUGCGACGCUGGUCGGACAGAAAGACUCUACGAGGUCUUCGCUGGCUGCUUCGUGCUGUUUGUCUGGAUUAUCCUGAGCUGUGUACCCGUGUAACCCAGGACAGCAAGAGGCCUCUGGAGCCAAGGGAGAGGGAGAAGAAUGGGAAAACAGAGAAAGUUCGCAAAAAAACCAAGGUGGAACGAAUGCGAUCCAGCAAGUCAGAUCUUCGACAGGUUCAUCGGCCCAAAGACAAGGGAAAAAAGACCAAGGGUGAAGGAAAGCUUCAACCCAUUCGAAACAUGCUGCAGAAGGAGUCCACGCUGAAAAAGAAGCUGAAGACCAAGAAGAAGAAGAAGCCGGUUAAGACCAAGGAAGGUGAAAAAGAUCGAGAUAAAGCAAAUGAACAGGAGGAGGAAGACGAGGGUGACGGUAAUGAAGGAGAACAAGAAAACUCCGGUCAUAGAGAGAAAGCCAGCAGUGCCCUGAUCCCCCCCAAAAGAGGCGAAAUGAAACGCAAAACACAGGUGAAAGAGGAGACUCUGGACAUGCCAGAAUCACCGGACAACGAGAAGCCGCUGAAAGCUAAAGGGGAAAAGAAGAAGAAGAAGAAAGUUGUUAAAGUAAAAAGGAAGAACAAGAUCAACACAGAGGAGAUGCUCGAAGCUUACUCUCAACCUGUGGACCUUUCUGCGACCUUUGAUCUUUACCGAAAAGCAAUACUGGCUCUGAAGGAACGUCAGGAUCAGGGACAGUGAGAGUGAGUCCUGGUUGUGUCCUGCCACCUGAGUGUGAGGAUUUGGUCCACAGCAGUAGUAUACGACACACUACAUCACUUCACAAACUCUCCUACCUUUUUCUCACCAGGGGAAAGACACAGAUUCUGACUGCUAUGUCGUUAUCACUUUCCAUAGACUAUCAAUUCAGACCUGAUCCCUGAACCUUUGGAGUGAAACUGCAAAUUCCAAUGUGUAGUGAAGGGCAGGUCUGCAUUAAGAUGUAAUCAUAGAAAAAUAACAUUGAUAAAAUAACUUUGAAAAAAAUAAAUCAAAAAACAAACGUGUGCUUGGCCAAAACGUUAAUGGAGGUUUUGUUUGUAUAAAUCUUUGCAGUUUUGAUUGUAAAAGAAACAUGAUUUUUGAACUGAAUCCUUUUUUUAAAUGAUUAUUUGAGCAAUUUUCCAGCAAUGAACCGUGCGCUGAGCACGGGGACA